AUGUCAAAUGAAUCUAGCAACGAUGCGAUUGAGCGUACUAAUGAACAGAGGCUCCAGGAGCUAGAGGCCGCAAUGGCCGCAUUAAAGAAAAAAGUAGAGAGGCAUACAGUGAGCCACUCUCGGGGGAAAGAGAUCGAGGCAACCCAGCGGGAGUUGUCCGAGCAAGUGAAGACCUUGGGAGAGGAGACCAGGGAAGCCAUACAGGCCUUCAAGACUGAUCUCGGGGAGUUCAAAGAGAAAGUGAGCUUAUUGGUUUUGGCCAUGCACACUGACUCAGAUGAGGAGAAGGUGAGCUUGGCGGCCAUGUACCUUUCCGGUCAUGCUAAGUUGUGGUGGCAUUCCAAGUUCACCGAGGGGGAGUGCCCCAUUAAGAUAUGGAGGUCAGUAAGAGAUUAUGUAAAGACCUUCUCAACGUUGAUGCUGGAUAUAAGGGACAUGUCAAAGAAGGACAAGAUGUUCUAUUUCCUUGAGGGCCUCAAGCCUUGGGCCAGGACCGAAUUGGUUAGACAGAAAGUACAAGACUUGGCUAUGGCCAUGGCGACGGCCGAACGUCUUAAUGACUACAAUGAGAACUCUACAAAACGUAAGAGCACACCAUCGAGCAAUGGUGGAUGUAGCUCUUUAAACGGGAGAAGGCCCGCGAAGAUGGGCAAGAGCUCAAGUGGGGGAGCGGACAAUCGACAAAAUAGUAGAGACUUGACUACAACAACGUCGAGUGCCCCCACUUUUAAAGCAAAACAACCAUUGGCUUGCUUCUUAUGCAACAGACCACAUAGAUUAAAGAAGGAACCUAGUAGAGGACUCAUGUAUGUGGAUAUGGUGCUAAACGGGAAGGCGACCAAAGCUAUGGUAGACAUGGGCGCCACCGAUACCUUUAUCACCCCAGAGGAGGCAAAACAGUGUGGUCUUAAGGUCGACAACGAGUGUGGGCAAAUGAAAGCAGUAAACUCACCGGCCUCGACCAUUUUGUGGAAUGGCGAAGGCCAUCCAGUUCCAUCUGCUAGUUGCCUAUUAUUCUUGGGCGAUCGCCCGUGUUUGGUGCCAGCCACCAUCCUCCCAAGGAGUGGAAAAAGGAUCAUAUCCGCACUACAAUUCAAGAAAGGGACAAAACGGGGUGAGCCCUCAUACAUAGUCAUGCCGGUGUGCAAAGAAGACGGCCCAUCAGGGGGAGUUCCUAGUGCGGUGGAAGUAGUGCUCAAAGAGUACGAAGACAUGAUGCCUGAUCAGUUGCCCAAGAUGUUGCCACCAAGAAGAGGGGUAGAUCAUGAGAUUGAACUACUCCCUGGGGUAAAGCCACCAGCAAAGGCCCCUUAUCGGAUGGCUCCUCCAGAAUUAGCCGAAUUGAGGAAACAGUUAGAUGAGCUUUUAAAAGUAGGUUUCAUUAGACCAUCUAAGGCGCCAUUUGGUGCCCCAGUUCUGUUCCAGAAGAAACAAGAUGGGAGCUUGCAAUUAUGUGUAGACUAUCGAGCGCUGAACAAGGUGACCGUGCGGAAAAAGUACCCAAUCCCUCUCAUUUCUAACCUCUUCGAUCAGUUGAGUCGUGCCAAGUACUUUUCGAAGUUGGAUUUGAGAUCAGGGUAUCAUCAAGUCAGAAUUAUCGAAGGAGAUGAACCGAAGACCACUUGUGUUACUCGGUAUGGGGCAUUUGAGUUUCUUGUUAUGCCUUUUGGUUUAACUAAUGCUCCUACUACCUUUUGUACGUUAAUGAACCAGGUGUUCCACGACUUUCUCGACAAGUUCAUGGUGAUCUACUUGGAUGACAUUGUGGUGUACAGUUCCACCUUGGAGGAGCAUCUGGAGCAGGGUCGCCUCAGAAUGGAUAUGAAGAAAGUAAAGGCCAUCGAGGAGUGGCCAACUCCCAAGAAUGUCAGUGAGUUGCGUUCUUUCUUGGGGCUGGCCAACUAUUAUCGGCGAUUUGUAGAAGGAUAUUCUAAAAGGAUAGUAGUGCUUACAGAGCUACUUAAGAAGGGUCAGGGAUGGAAUUGGAGCUCCAACUGUCAGGAAGCCUUUGAGAACUUGAAGAAGACAAUGAUGACAGACCCUGUGUUGGCUCUCCCCGACAUCGAAAAGCCUUUGGAAGUAGAGACGGAUGCUUCCGAUUUUGCACUUGGGGGAGUAUUACUGCAAGAAGGCCAUCCAGUAGCCUUUGAGAGCAGAAAAUUGAAUGAAGCGGAAAGGAAGUACACCGCCCAGGAGAAAGAGUUACUGGCAGUUGUUCAUUGCUUGCGAGUAUGGAGACAUUACUUGCUAGGGUCAAAGUUUGUCGUUAGAACGGAUAACACCGCAGUCAUUCACUUUUUGACCCAACCCAAACUGACGGCCAAGCAAGCAAGAUGGCAAGAGAUGUUGGCCGAGUUCGAUUAUGCCUUUGAGCAUAAAUCUGAGAAGACCAACCAAGUGGCAGAUGCUUUUAGCCGGAUGGCAGAACUUGCCGCCUUACGAAGGAUAGCACCAAUGUCGGCCAGCAAGGCAACUUCGGACAUUCGAGCCCUGAUAAAAGACAGGUUGAAGAGAGACCCUCAGGCCUCAACUUUGAUGGACCUAACAAGAGAGGGAAAAUCAAAGUUCUUUUGGGUGGAGAAUGGACUGCUCUUGACCAAGGGCCCUCGAAUGUAUGUCUCGAAGUCUGGAGACUUGCGACAGAAAUUGAUGCGAGAGUGCCAUGACACUCCAUGGGCAGGUCACCCUAGAUGGAGGCGCACUUUUGAUUUGCUACAACAAGGAUAUUAUUGGCCACACAUGCGGGAGGAUGUGAGAGACUACACCAAGACUUGUCUCAUAUGCCAACAGGACAAGGUGGAGAAAAGGAAACAGGCAGGCUUACUGGAACCUCUGCCAAUUCCAUCAAGACCAUGGGAGAGUAUUUCCCUUGACUUCAUUUGUAGUCUCCCAAAAGUGGGUGACUUGGGGUCAAUUCUGGUUGUAGUGGACCGCUUCUCCAAAUAUGCCACCUUCAUCCCGGCUCACAAACAUUGCUCGGCAGAAGAAACAGCCCGCUUGAUCUUUAAGCAUGUUGUGAAGUAUUGGGGAGUCCCCGAGAGCAUCAUCAGUGACAGAGAUCCAAGAUUCACGGGGUCGUUCUGGAGAGAACUUUUUAAACUCCUAGGGUCUGAGCUGAACAUCUCAAGAAGCUAUCACCCUCAAACGGAUGGCCAAACUGAACGGUUCAAUGGGUUGUUAGAGGAGUACUUGAGGCAUUUUGUACAUGCCAACCAGAGAGAUUGGCCACCUUUGCUAGAUGUGGCCCAAUUGUGCUUUAAUUCGCAAAAGAGUUCAUCUACUAAAAAGUCCGCUUUUGAAAUUGUGACAAGACAGCAACCCAGGUUGCCGCACACCUACGUGGAGCUGUAUCGGGGAAAGAGUCCACGAGCUUUCACCUUUGCCAAAGAGUGGAAGCAAAACACAGAGGUUGCUCGGGCCUACUUAGAGAAAGCCUCCAAACAAAUGAAGAGAUGGGCGGACAAAGAUCGGAAACCACAACAAUUCCAAGUCGGGGACCUUGUACUGGUGAAAUUAGUCCCUGAACAACUCCGAUUCUUGAGGAAGAGAGACCGACGGUUAGUACGCAAGUAUGAAGGGCCCGUGAAGAUCAUUGCUCGAGUAGGGAAAUCCUCCUAUAAAAUUAAACCGCCCUCAUGGAUGAAGGUUCACCCGGUGUUCCAUGUCUGCAACUUGAAGCCUUUCCAUGCAGAUCCAAAUGACCCGAGUCACAGCAAAGCCACCAGAACGGCAAUCAGCAUGAAGCCGCCUUCACAGUGUAGGGUAGAGGAAAUCGUAGCCGAUAGAACUUCUAUUGUACGUAGGAAACCCACCCUUGAAUAUCUUGUAAAAUGGGAGGGAUUAGGACCCGAAGAGCUCUUUAAGGGGGGUGAGCAGUUGGCAGAUUGUUGGGUUGUCUCACCAGUUAAGGUAUGUAUCAACACACCUCCUAGGGCUGCCCCCUUGGGCCCUAGGUUGGCUGACUUGGAGAUUGAUCCAGUACCUAGAAGCAUACUUGGAGUUAGUCGAGAACUUAAAAAUAGAGAACGGCAUGCAGAGCUUCAUCGUACACUCUUCGGGAGGGGAGUUUUAGCGCUAAUGCCUGGGCAAAAAUCAUGUGACAUGGAGAAUGAAAUCGAAGUAAUUGACACAUGCACCUGA